AUGAGCAAUUAUCGAUACUCAAAACUCAACGAAGAAGAGAUCUCUCUAGAAGACGUUCCAUCAUCUGCUGGUCAGAUUUUCUCUAGGCAAGAGCAAAUAAUUCAAGAGCAAGAUGAGGAGCUGGAGUUGGUGGGAAAUUCAGUGAGGACGUUGCGAGGGAUGAGUUCGAUGAUUGGAGAUGAGUUGGAUCAGCAAUCAGUCAUGCUAGAUGACCUUGGACAAGAGAUGGAAUACGCCGAGACAAAGCUGGACACUGCUAUGAAGAAAAUGGCAAAGCUGACUCACCUUGAAGACGCCACAACUUAUUCAUUUUGCAGAGUCCAGCCAGUGCAAAAUGAUCAUGGUCCUCUCGGCGUUGCUGUUCUUCCUCAUCUUCAUUCUCAUCAUCUGAGCUACUCCACCUUUGACUUUGUCUUUUUAAUGAAAAUUCUACGUGUCUUAGUUGUAUAUAGUAUUUAUUCGAUUUAUUUUGCGGACGCCGUCAAAAAUGGAGCCAAGAAUGGAACGGAUCCCAAUGGAUACAUCGUCUUUUGUCCCUGUAUGGGAAGGUUUGGAAAUCAAAUCGAUCAGUUCUUAGGAGUAUUGUCAUUCGCAAAGUCUUUGGAUCGAACUUUAGUGCUGCCAAACUUCAUUGAGUUUAAUCAUCCGGAAACGAAGAUGAUCCCAUUCGAAGUGUUGUUUCAAGUUGGUACUGUUGCCAAAUACACUCGAGUGGUAACAAUGCACGAGUUCACAAAAAAAAUCAUAAAAGCAUUUUGCUGGAACCCCAGGAAAGCGAUCUACGACACAGAUGCCGAGCCAGGAUGCCAUGCAAAAGAAGGAAAUCCAUUCGGCCCAUACUGGGAUCAGAUUGGAGUCUCAUUUGUUGGGGAUGAGUAUUUUGGAGAAAUUCCUGGAGGAUUCGAAACCAGUCAGAUGGGAAGUCGAAAGAAAUGGCUGGAGAAGUUUGGACCGGAAGAGUUUCCUGUUCUGGCAUUCCCCAGUGCACCAGCAGCGUUUCCAUCCAAAGGAAAGGUGUGGAGUAUUCAGAAAUAUUUGAGAUGGUCUUCAAGGAUAACAGAGCAAGCCAAGAAGUACAUUACGAAUAAUUUGCAAAAGCCAUUUGUAGCUGUGCACUUGCGAAAUGACGCUGAUUGGGUCAGAGUUUGUGAUCACAUUGACUUGGAGAAAAAUCGACCUCUUUUUGCUUCUGAGCAGUGUCUAGGAGAAGGACAUCAUCAAGGACAGCUCACCAUGGAGAUGUGUAUUCCAAACAAACAACAAAUCGUGGACAUGAUCGUUGAAAAGGUGGGCUCAAUAGGCGCCAAGUCAGUAUUCGUAGCCAGCGACAAAGAUCAUAUGAUUGAUGAAAUCAAUGAGGCCCUAAAGCCGUAUGAGAUCGAGGCUCAUAGACAAGAAGUUGAUGACAUGUACACAUCGCUCGCUAUCAUGGGACGUUCUGAUUUGUUCAUUGGCAACUGUGUGUCCACAUUUUCGCAUAUCGUGAAACGGGAAAGAGAUCACACUGGACAGUCGCCACGACCAUCCGCAUUUUUUGGAGUCCGAUCCGCCAGGAGACAUAUUGAUUUAUAG